CGGAGGCACAGCACGGAACACGUAUGCAGCAGCAGCAGCAUCUUCUCUCUGGACGUCUGAAGAGAUUUUAGUGUCUGCUUCCGCACCCGAAGUGUUUCAGGAUAUUAGAUAUUCACCCACAUUCGAGCAGCCCUCUGAAUGCCGAGCGCGACGUCAACAAACUGAUAGAUUUCCGCGCCGUAAACAUCUCAUCGUGCGUUUAAUUCGCUUGUGCGGUUAGGCGAGAGCAAAAAAAUGUUGGAUCCAUCCUCCAGCGAAGAGGAAUCAGACGGGAUAGUGGAGGAGGAAAGCCGAGAGGUGAUGGCACCUCAGUCCGGCUCCUCUCGCAUCUCCCCCAGCAGGACCAGCGAGAGCUCCGACAGGCUUCAGCCCUCCAGCCGAGGCUCCAGCGCGCGACCGACCAGCCCGAGCCCAUCGGCCGCCAGCGAGGAGAAGGAGGACGUGGAGAAGCUGCAGAGGGAAGAGGAGGAACGGAAGAAGAAGCUGCAACUCUACGUCUUUGUGAUGAGAUGCAUCGCCUACCCUUUUAACGCCAAGCAGCCGACCGACAUGGCAAGGCGACAGCUGAAGAUUACCAAGCAGCAGCUGCAGACGACCAAGGACCGCUUCGAGUCUUUUCUGAAAGGAGACACACAGAUUGUGGCGGAUGAGGCCUUCAUCAAUGCCGUUCAGAGCUAUUUUGAGGUUUUUCUCAAAAGUGACCGUGUUGCUAAGAUGGUCCAGACGGGAGGCUUAUCCGCUCUGGACUGUCGCGAGGUGUUCAAGCGCCACAUCGAGAAGCGUGUCCGGAGUCUGCCAGAGAUCGAUGGUCUGAGCAAAGAGACCGUGCUGAGCUCCUGGAUGGCCAAGUUUGACACAAUCUACCGUGGAGAUGAAGACCCACGCAAAGCCCAGCAGCGCAUGACAGCCAGCGCCGCAUCCGAGCUCAUCCUGAGCAAAGACCAGCUCUACGAGAUGUUCCAGCAGAUCCUGGGCAUCAAGAAGUUUGAGCACCAGCUGCUCUACCAGGCUUGCCAGUUGGAUAAUCUGGACGAGCAGGCCGCUCAGAUCAGGAGAGAGCUGGACGGCCGUCUGCAGAUGGCUGAUCAGAUUGCCCGGGCUGGCAAGUUCCUGAAGUUCGUGUCGAAGGAGAUGGAGGCGAUGUACAUCGAGGAGCUGAAGAGCUCAGUCAACCAGCUGAUGGCCAAUCUGGAGAGCAUGCCGGUCUCCAAGGGCGGAGAGUUCAAGCUGCAGAAGCUCAAGAGGGGACACAACACCUCCAUCAUUGAUAUGGGCCAGGAAGAUGAAAACCAGCUGUCCAAGUCUGAUGUUGUGCUGUCGUUCACACUCGAGGUGGUGAUUAUGGAGGUUCAGGGGUUGAAGUCGCUGGCUCCCAAUCGCAUUGUGUACUGUACGAUGGAGGUGGAGGGUGGACAGAAGCUACAGACGGACCAGGCCGAGGCUUCCAAACCAACCUGGGGAACUCAAGGAGACUUCACCACCACACAUCCUCUGCCUGCAGUCAAGGUGAAGCUUUUCACAGAGAGCACUGGUGUUCUGGCCCUGGAGGACAAGGAGCUCGGCCGGGUGGUUCUUCACCCGACUCCAAACAGCCCGAAGCAGGCAGAGCUCCACAAGAUGACUGUCACCAAGGCCUGUCCUGAUCAAGAUCUGAAGAUCAAACUCGCCGUUCGCAUGGACAAGCCUCAGAACAUGAAGGCUUGUGGGUAUUUAUGGGCUGUUGGCAAAAAUGUCUGGAAACGCUGGAAGAAGCGCUUCUUUGUCUUGGUCCAGGUAAGUCAGUAUACCUUCGCCAUGUGCAGCUAUCGAGAGAAGAAGUCAGAGCCACAGGAGCUGCUGCAAUUAGAUGGCUAUACCGUGGACUACACCGACCCACAGCCAGGUCUGGAUGGAGGUCGAGCUUUCUUCAAUGCAGUAAAGGAGGGAGACACUGUGAUCUUUGCCAGUGAUGAUGAGCAGGACCGCAUCCUAUGGGUGCAGGCCAUGUAUCGAGCGACUGGCCAAUCACAUAAACCCGUCCCGCCCACCCAGGUCCAGAAACUCAAUUCAAAGGGCAAAGCUGCGGCACAGAUGGACGCCCCCAUCUCUCAGUUCUAUGCUGACAGGGCACAGAAGCACGGCAUGGAUGAGUUUAUCUCAGCUAACCCAUGUAGCUUUGAUCAUGCCUCAUUGUUCGAGAUGAUGCAGAGGCUCACGCUGGACCACAGGCUCAAUGACAACUUUGCAUGUCUGGGCUGGUUUAGCCCAGGUCAGGUGUUUGUUCUGGAUGAGUACUGCGCCAGGAAUGGGGUGAGAGGAUGCCAUAGACAUCUGUGUUAUCUUGGAGACCUGCUGGAGCGGGCAGAUGUCGGGCACAUGAUCGACCCCACGCUGCUGCACUACAGCUUCGCUUUCUGUGCCUCCCAUGUUCAUGGAAACAGGCCGGAUGGUCUUGGAACAGUAACGGUGGAGGAGAAAGAGCGGUUUGAGGAAAUCAAAGAGCGAUUACGUGUCCUUCUGGAGAACCAGAUCACAAACUUUAGGUAUUGCUUUCCAUUCGGUCGCCCUGAGGGAGCAUUGAAAGCCACUCUGUCUUUGCUGGAGAGGGUGCUUAUGAAGGACAUUGUGACCCCCGUGCCGCAGGAAGAAGUCAAGGCUGUCAUUCGUAAAUGCCUAGAGCAAGCAGCUCAAAUUAACUACCAGCGCAUCACUGACUACGCCAGAGUGGAAGGAAAAAAGAGGGAAAUGUAUGAUCAUCCUGUCUACUCCUUGGCUUCACAAGUGAUGGAUUUAACCAUCCAGAAUGUAGCUAACCUAGCUACGCCUGCUAAAAAACUGGAGCAUGUCAUCCGCCUGGCAGAGUUAGUCAUUGAGGUUCUACAUCAGAACCAGGAUCAUCACGCAGAGGCUGCGGUCACAAGUACAGGAGACCAAUCGGCCUUUGCAUGGUGGUCAGAUCUGAUGGUGGAGCACGCUGAGAACUUCCUGUCACUCUACGGUGUUGAAAUGGAUGCUGCCCUCGAGAUUCAGUCUCCUGAGAGCUGGGACAGUUUCCCGCUCUUUCAACUUCUAAACGAUUUCCUUCGUACCGACUAUCACCUGUGUAACGGAAAGUUUCACAAGCAUCUGCAGGACCUGUACGCUCCACUUGUGGUGCGAUAUGUGGAUCUUAUGGAGUCCUCGAUCGCUCAGUCCAUUCACAGGGGAUUUGAGAGGGAGUCAUGGGAGCCUGUAAAGAGUUUAACAAGUAAUCUGCCCAAUGUGAAUCUACCAAAUGUGAACCUCCAAAUUCCCAAAGUACCAAAUCUUCCCGUGCCAGUAGCAGGACUAUCUGUUAACCUUCCACAAAUGCCUAGCUUUUCCACUCCGUCCUGGAUGGCUGCUAUUUAUGACUCUGACAAUGGCUCGGGAACAUCAGAAGAUCUGUUCUGGAAGUUAGAUGCCCUACAGACCUUCAUCAGGGACCUACACUGGCCAGAAGAAGAAUUUGCCAAACACUUGGACAACCGUAUGAAGCUCAUGUCAAGUGACAUGAUUGAGACAAGCGUUAAACGCACGAGGGGAGCAUUUGAAUCAAAGCUGACCAAAAGCAGCCGCUCCACAGACUUCCGCAUCCCACUGUCCUUAUGCACCAUGUUCAAUGUGAUGGUGGAUGCCAAGGACCAGUCUGCUAAACUCUGUGCCAUGGAAAUGGGCCAGGAGAAACAGUAUCAUUCUCAAAUCGAUGAACUUAUCGAAGAGAGUGUAAAAGACAUGAUUGCCCUUUUGGUGGCGAAGUUUGUGGUCAUUCUGGAGAGCGUACUUGCCAAGAUCUCCAGGUAUGAUGAAGGAACACUCUUCUCCUCUUUCCUCUCCUUCACGGUGAAAGCAGCAUCAAAAUAUGUGGAUGUCCCUAAACCAGGGAUGGACGUUGCGGACGGCUAUGUGACCUUUGUCCGUCACUCUCAGGACAUUCUGAGAGAUAAGGUCAAUGAGGAGGUGUAUAUAGAGAGAUUAUUUGAUCAAUGGUAUACAGCCACUAUGAAUCUGCUGGCGACCUGGCUGACUGAACGCAUGGACCAACAGCUUCAUGUCUAUCAACUCAAAAUCCUCAUCAGGAUUGUAAAGAAGAAAUACCGGGAUUUUAGGCUGCAGGGCGUGCUUGACUCGACGCUGAACAGCAAGUCGUACGACACGGUACGGAACCGGCUAACGCUGGAAGAAGCCACUGCCUCGGUCAGAGAGGGAGGCAUGCAGGGCAUCUCCAUGAAGGACAGCGAUGAGGAGGACGAGGAAGACUAAAGGAGCAUCGAGCCAUCCGGUGCCAACCACCACCCUGAACCUAACCCGUCUAUCCAACCCUACCCCACCCCAACACUUUAAACUUAGCCUGAUAACGUAAGAUGCAUGUAACAACUCUGAUUACCCAGUUAGCCACUUUAGGACCCCCUCCCUCCCCAUCAGCUCGAGUUGCCCACAAACAAAGCUAAAAAAAACAAUAAGAAUCAAAUAAUUGUACUAACGAAGAGUAUAAAAAGAAUGUCGCAAAGACCACGAUUGGCAAUUUUAGCUGUGUCAUAACAUAAUAAAGAACAACGAACUAGCACCGACUUUUUCAACUCAUUUAUUUGAGGAAUUUGUUUCUAUGUGUUCCUAAGCAAUAUGGAGUACCAUUUGUUUGAUAAUGUCGAGUGAGAUUAUUAGGUGUGUCCCUGUCCAAUGCGAUAACAUAUAUGGCGCUUCUUUGACGUACUCUUACAUACAUUAAUGGUACAUUGUUGUGAAGAUGAGUGUAUGGACCCUUUUCUUUGUCUUGUCUGUUUUUAAAGUGGAUGCCAACUGCUUCGAAACUAAAAACGAACCUCUGUAUUUCAGUUCAAACUGUUAACUGUAAAUGUCUUCUGUGUCUGCACACUUCCAUCGUACUCUUUUCCUUAUUUGUGUCGAGGCUCUGUGGCCCUAUUUGUUGCGAAAUAUCCAACUAGGCAUUGUCUCACAGGCAUCUCAAAAUGAAAAUGAAUUGGUAUUCUAGAAAUGCAAUAUCGUCAUACCUCCGUUUUGAUAUCUCAUUGGAGACGUCUUUUGAUUAGAUGUCGCAAAAUGACAAGGAAAACGGCUAUAUUUUUUGGUUGAGUUCUACACUUCUACUGAGGAUCUCCCUCUCUCUAUCUCUCGAUCUCUCUUUUUUAAGUUUGUAUGUCCGAUUAAAGUCAUUCUCUUUAUGUUAGUAGGUCUGUCGAAAAUGCUAUGUGCCAUUUUUUGGGGUCUCACUUUUGGUUUUGUAUAUAUAAUGCUGUACAUUGCAUUCUGAGCCAUUGCUGCAUGCCUGUGGGAUCCACCUUCUCCAAAAGCUUUUUUGUUUUUCUUUGUCGAUUAGCUGGUGGAUUCAUUCUUGCGUUUGCCUUAUCAAAGCCAACAGUUGUAAUAUGCAAGAGCUGUGGCCUCUCAAUAAAGAUAACAUGAUGUACUAAUAUA